AUGGAAGAACGCUGCGGUUCGAAUGCUAGUUCGAUGUACUACACCGUUCCAAAUGGAAACUGGAGUGAGACAAAGGUCUGUGGCGAAAUCGGCGGGGCGUUUAACUUUGCUGUCGAUGACAUAAUACGAAGAACGGUUGAGCAGUGUCCCACCGAUGUCAUUUUAGCACCGUCUGCACGUCCCUUGAUGGAUCUUGAGUACGCCGACGAUGCAAUAAUAAUCACUUCUAGCAGCGCGAAGUUACAACAUGUUGUUAAUCUUGUGUCGAAAUAA